GUCUUCUCUUCUCCACCACACUCUUUUCGUUUACUCUCAGAUUCUCUCUCAUUUGUUGCAAAUGUCGAAGUACGGAGCUCGUAGCUGCUUAGGUUCGAUGGACGACAUCCGCCAAGUCUUCCAGCGAUUCGACAAAAACGGAGACGGCAAAAUCUCCGUCGACGAGCUCAAGGAAGUGAUCCGCGCGCUCAGCCCCAACGCAUCGCAGGAGGAAACAGUGAAGAUGAUGAAACAGUUCGAUCUCGACGGGAACGGAUUCAUCGACAUGGACGAGUUCGUCUCUCUUUUCCAGAUCGGAGUGGAUCAAGGCGGAGGAGGAGGGAACAGCAAAAACGAUCUGAAGGAAGCGUUUGAGUUGUACGAUCUUGACGGUAACGGACGGAUCUCGGCGAAGGAGCUUCACUCUGUGAUGAAGAAUCUGGGAGAGAAGUGUUCUGUUCAGGAUUGCAGGAAGAUGAUUAGCAAAGUUGAUACUGAUGGUGAUGGUUGCGUUAAUUUCGAGGAGUUUAAGCUGAUGAUGAACAACGGCGGAGCUUGAGAGAUUCCGUUUUUCGACGGUGAGGAUCGUGUUAGGGUAUAGAGGAAGGUAGAAAGUUCUAUUUUAUGUUCUCUGAUUAGAUUUUAUUUUUAGACUGUUUUCGUUUGAUGACGCAAAAACUUUUCCUUCUUCACUAUUAAGAUUGUUUACUAAUGGGCCUGCCUGACUUGCUAGUCUGAUGUUCCAACCUUGUUUCAACAGUUCCAAUUGCAAAAUUCAAAGGAAUAUGUGAUGUAAAAUAUUUUAUCCGUAGGAUUCGAAGAUAUGAAAUAAUGAAUAUAAAAAAACAUGUUAUGAACAUAAAUUAAUAAAUUUUCUCGGAUUCAAUUCAUUGCAAUUUUCCUGUCGAACUCACCGGAAUCUCACCGGAUCUCGUUCACCGAUCAUCAUUUCACCGUCGAUUUGCAUCUCUCCUCGCUCU